GGGAGGUCGCCCGGCAUGUAUAUAAGCAGCGCGCAGCGACUGUCCGUCACCAACGAGUCCAGCCAACGCAGGAUGAGGUGCCUGGUUCUGUUCGCUCUGGUGGCGGCGGCCGCGGCCUGGCCAAAUAUGAUGGAGGGCUUCAUGUCGGACUCCUCCGGGGGAGCCUCCGACGCCCAGAAGCAACAUGACGUCAACUUCUUGCUGUGGAAGGUGUACGAAGACAUCCGUGACCCAGCCCUGCAGGGACUCUCGCAGAGCUUUAACCCGAGCUCCGGCCACUAUGACGACGACGGUGUUGCCGUGAAGCGACUCCUGCAGGAGCUCAACGACCACCGCCUGCUGGAGCAGAAGCACUGGUUCUCGCUCUUCAACAAACGUCAGCGCGAGGAGGCUCUCAUGCUCUACGAUGUCCUCGAACACUCCACUGACUGGGCGACUUUUGUCGGCAACGCCGCUUACUUCCGCUCCCGCAUGAACGAGGGCGAGUAUGUGUAUGCCAUAUACGCUGCCGUCACUCACUCCGAGCUGACUCACGACGUGGUACUGCCGCCCCUCUAUGAGGUCACUCCUCACCUCUUCACCAACAGCGAGGUCAUCCAGGAAGCUUACACAGCAAAGAUGACCCAAACUCCAAGCAAGAUCAAAUCCCACUUCACCGGCAGCAAGAGCAACCCUGAGCAGCGCGUGGCCUACUUCGGCGAGGACAUCGGCAUGAACACCCACCACGUCACCUGGCACUUGGAGUUCCCCUUCUGGUGGGACGACUCCCACGAGAACCACCACAUCGAGCGCAAGGGCGAGAACUUCUUCUGGGUCCACCAUCAGCUGACUGUCCGCUUCGACGCUGAGCGCCUGUCCAACCACCUUGACCCCGUCGAGGAGCUGCACUGGGAAGAUGUCAUCCACGAGGGCUUCGCUCCCCACACCAUGUACAAGUACGGUGGUUACUUCCCCUCUCGCCCAGACAAUGUGCACUUUGAGGACGUGGACGGCGUGGCCCGCGUGCGAGACAUGCUGAUCCUGGAGAGCCGCAUCAGGGACGCCAUUGCUCACGGCUACAUCACGGCCAAAGACGGAUCCACCAUCAGCAUCAGGGACGCUCACGGCAUCGACGUGCUGGGAGACGUCAUUGAGUCAUCCACGUACAGCCCCAACCCACAGUACUACGGCGCCCUGCACAACACUGCUCACGUGAUGCUCGGCCGCCAGGGUGACCCUCACGGCAAGUUUGACCUUCCCCCCGGUGUUCUCGAGCACUUCGAGACUGCUACGCGCGACCCCGCCUUCUUCCGCCUCCACAAGUACAUGGAUAACAUCUUCCGGGAACACAAGGACAGCCUCACUCCCUACACCACCCAGGAGCUCGAGUUCCCCGGUGUCUCCAUCGAUAGUGUUACCUUGAGCAACCAGUUGGAGACCUACUUCGAGGACUUCGAGUACAGCCUCGUCAACGCAGUCGACGACACUGCUGAGGUCCCUGACGUAGAAAUCGCAACCAUUGUGCCCCGCCUUGCCCACAAAGACUUUAGCGUCACGCUCGGCGUCACCAACAACAACGGCAAGGAGGUGUCUGCUGUCGUGCGCGCCUUCGCCUGGCCCCAGUACGACAACAACGGCGUCGAGUUCUCCUUCAACGAUGGCCGCUGGAACGCUAUUGAGCUGGACAAGUUUUGGGUCAAGCUGACUCCCGGUGCCAACACCAUCACCCACUCCAGCAAGGACUCGGCGGUCACCGUUCCUGACGUGCCAAGCUUCAAGGACCUGAUGGAACAGACCGAGACUGCCCUGAGAUCCGGAUCAGCACUUCACCUCGAGAAGUUCCACAGCGGUCUUGGGCUGCCCAACAGAUUCCUCAUCCCCAAGGGCAAUGCCCAAGGCAUGAAAUUCAACGUUGUGUUCUUCCUCUCUGACGGUGAGAAGGACGCCGCCGUCGACGGGCUGCACGACAGCACCACCUUCAACCACUACGGCUGUGCCGACGGCAAGUACCCCGACAACCGCCCACACGGCUACCCGCUGGACCGCCGCAUCGACGACGAGCGCAUCAUCACAGGCGUCACCAACUUCAAGCAAGUCAUUGUCAAGGUCUACCACGUCGAGGAUGAGCACUAAACACAUAGCCUAGCAGACUGCCGCAGCGGAUGGGAGCGGAACAGGAUGUUCGUCGCCACAAUAACUCAACACAACGAACUGAAAACUUAAGGCCAUCGAUCUCAAAAUAUGCCGCGUCGAGGAACAUUGAAGACACAACCAAACAGAUUGGAGCAGCGACGAGGGGCGGGGCAGGACAUUCACCGCCCCCACGAACACACACAAGUAAAUCAACAACUUAGUUAACACUGCGGAAGCGGCGGCGGCCAUCACGACAUUCGCCGUCACGCCGAAUACAAAACAACAAAAUCAACGAGUAAAGUGAACUGUAACCUUGCAUUUCUACCAGCCACAGAUCUAUACAACACUUUCGUAAAGGAACAUAUAUGAUUCUUCAUUAUAUUAAGACAUAAAAUAUAAAUAUAUGAAUUCAAAAUAAAGAACUCCUGCCUAAACAA